AUGGCAGCCACUCACGCCCUCCGCACCGCCCUCCGGUCAUCCAAACCAGCCUUCGGAGCAUGGGUAACUCUCCCCGGAACCUUCAACGCCCGUGCGGUUGCUCUCUCGUCUCCCCACCUCUCAUGGGUCGUCAUCGAUUGCGAGCACGGACUCACACCCCUUCAUCCCGGUGCCGCUGAGUCCAUAAGCGCCGUAGUGAGCACGGGAGAUAAUGCACCCAGUGUGCUUGUGAGGGUGCCUGCUACUGGCGCAUCGACGGGAACAGGUUGGCAGAUUAAGUACGCUCUAGAUGCGGGAGCUCGUGGGGUCAUAGUCCCAAUGGUCUCCACACCCCAAAAAGCACGCGAAAUCGUGUCCGAAUCACGAUUCCCGCCCCUCGGCAUACGGGGCUUCGGAAAUCCACUCACACACACCGUCUGGAAGACGACACCGGCGGAAUACAUACCUGCUGCCAAUGAAGACGGAGGCGUUUUUGUGGUGGCGCAGAUUGAGACGAAGGAAGGUGUGCAGAAUUUGGAGGAGAUCGCGGCUGUGGAUGGGUUAGAUGUACUCCUCAUCGGUCCUUAUGACCUUUCCAUCUCGCUUGGCUACAAACCCCCUUCUCCGGACCCUCAUCCGGACGUAGAGGAGGUCAUCCAGCAGAUCCUCAAAACCUCGCAUGCGAAAGGAAAGAAAUGGUAG